CGCCAUGUCUUCGGGCUUUGUCAGUGGCGGCCAUGCCGGCGAGGAGGCCGAGCGCGACGACGAGUGGAAGCGCGCGCAGCAGGCCAUCGAGGAUGCGCGCCGCGCACAGGCCGACCUGGCCAAGCAGCACGACGGCAAGAGUCUGUACGAGGUGCUGCAGGCCAACAAGGACAAGAAGCAGGCCGAGUUUGAGGAAAAGGCGCGCUACAAGCUGCACGUUGCGCUCGACGACGACGAGGCAGACUACCUCGACUCGGUCCUGGACAAGAAGCGCCAGCACGAGGCGGCGGUGCGCAAAGAGAAGUCGGAGCAACUGCACCUCUUCCGCCGGCAGCGCGACGAGGCAGAGCGACAGGCCCGCGGGCUGCAAGACGAUGAUGAGCCCGAGACGGCGCAGGAGCAUGGUGCUGGGCAGUGGGCGGCCGCGGGGCGCAAGAGGAAGAAGGCGCCCGACGCCCGUCUGCUCAAGGGCGUCAAGCUGAGAAAGACGAGCCCGACGCCUGACGAGCAGAAGCCUGUGCCUGUCUACGGGACGCAGACGACGCAGCAGAGCACAAACCACGGCUCGAGUAGCCAUGCAAAGAGCCCGCCGGCCAAGCCUGGCAAUGCGCUUCCACUUUCACUCGGACUCGGCUACGCAUCUUCGGAUGACGACGACGACGACGACUAGCCACUUCGUUCUACACCUCGCCAGCAGGCACGGUAUUGCUAUCAGCAUGCAUAGUGGCUCGGGUCAAGGACGUGCGACGACUGUACUAUAGGUGCAGUACCUUGACGCCAGGGCGGCUCAUAGCAGCCAUGUACGUCCAUGUUCGUAGCAUUGCAACAAUAUACAGUAGAUGCUGCUUACAAAGCAUCAGCCUUCACCUCGUCCUGCUGGCCCAUCGUU